AUGAAAGGAGAAAUAUUUGCUUCAACUUCACAAUUAAAUUUAGAUGUUCUUCUAGAUAAUGGGCAAUCUUUUAGGUGCAAAAAGGAACAAAAUCAAAAUUGUUGGAUUUGUGUAUUUUAUCAUCGUGUUUGGAGGAUAUGGAGAAUAGAUAAUGAAAGGAUUGGAUAUGAAGUUUGCCAUAAUUUUGACGAAGAAAUGAGGGAUUCUAAAGAUUUACUUGAAGAAUAUUUUCAGUUGGAUAUAGAUUUGGAACAACUUUACAAGGAGUGGGCUUCAAAGUGUAGUUAUUUUCGAAAAUUGAUUGAGGAGAAGGGGGAGGUUUUUAAAGGAAUUCGUAUAUUGAAACAAGAACCAUUGGAGGCUUUAUUUGCAUUCAUAUUCUCUGCUAACAACAAUAUUUCGAGAAUUUCAAAAAUGGUUGAACAAUUUUGUGUUCUUUAUGGAACUAAAAUAGAUUUAAAUAAUGGCACUUUUUAUAAUUUUCCGACAUUUCUACAAUUAACUAACAAUUUAUCUUCAAUGGAAGAAACAUUAAGAAAAUGCGGAUUUGGUUACAGAGCCAAAAAUGUUUCUAAAACUGUUGAAAAACUUUUAAAUGAAGAAUCAAUUAAAAAUGCUGGAGGGGCUGAAUGUUGGUUAAAAUCUUUGGGGGAAUUAAAAUAUGUGGAGGCAUCAAAAGAAUUGCAAAAAUUACCUGGCGUUGGACCUAAAGUUUCUGAUUGUUUUUGUUUAAUGGCAUUAGGAAUGCAUAAUGUUGUACCUGUUGAUAGACAUAUAUUAAAAUUAACAAUAGAAAUAUAUAAACCAACAUUUUUAAAUUUAAAUAAAACAAAAACGACAACAAAUUUAACAGAAAAUUUAUCAAAACAAAUUGGUCAAUUUUAUAUUGAAUUAUUUGGUGAUUAUGCUGGUUGGAUUCAGUCAAUACUUUUUAGUACAAGACUUGGAAGGUUUAAAAUUAAAUAGAGAAAUAUUUUUGAGGUUUUUUUAAAGUUUAAUAUUUUGUCCUUUUUAAGUUCAUAAAAUUUUUUGAUUCCCGGGACUUAAUAAGAGACACGAAGUCAUCUGACUAGAAAAUUUUUGUAAAAAAUAUUUUGUCUUAUUAUGUAGGCCCCAAAGAGACUAAAACUUUUCUCUUCACUUUUUGGAUAACUUUCUUAAUUUCUAAAAUUUUUUUUAAUUUUUGGGUGAUUGAAGGCCAAUAGGUUUAGGAUUUCUAGUUUUCCGACUCCGCGUAUGAGACAAAAAACUUUUUUUUUACAAAAUUUUUUGGUAACGUUUUCUGGGUGUUCCUUAUAUUUUAUGAUUCUUGUGGGAGAGAUAAAGCUCAUUUUUAAGGAAAUCUUUCCGUUUAUUUUAUUUUUCCUUAAAGUCCCUCACUUUUUACUAAACUUCUUUUUUAAAAACAAUACAAAAACACUCCGCAACAGCUUUCUUUCUUUAAAAAAAUAAAUAUCUUUCUAUUUAACUACUAAUACUAUUCACACGCUCCAAAUAAAGCAAUAUAGGGGGUCCUAUGCUUGUUUAGUAGAGAGAGGGAGAAAAAAUAAAAGUCGAUAUAAAGCUUUUUUUGGGGGGAAAAUGCCAAGGGAAGUGGAGAAAGAAUAGAAAAAAUAAAAAAAUUUUUGGAGUAACCUAACUAUUAUAUAUUGGCCAUAAAGCUUUUCCCUCUCUUUUCUUGUCAAUUUAAAAAUUUUUAUCUUUCUCUCUCUACAGGGACACGCCCAAGUAGGCGCGCGGCCAUUACGGCGCAAAGCCAUAACUUGAUAAAAAAUUUCCGGCCCUAAUCAAUUCUGGUAACAAUCUCUUUAGCUCGAUGAGAGGAAUCGUUUAACACUAGAUUUGGUAAGAUUCGAAAAUUUUGAAGCAUGUUAUGGCUGCGCGCCUACUUGGGCUGUACCCCUCUCUACAUAUAUUUUUUGUUAUGUUGGUUGCUAAUCUCUUUUCUUCUUUAUUCUUCUCGUUUUCUUCGGCAAUUGCGUAAUUCGUGUAAAAAUGCUUGUUAGCGCGUUCCCGUUUAUUUUUUUCCGUUUUUUAAAAGGAAUUAAAGAAGCAAAAAAACAGGGGAAAGAAAUCGUUAGAAAAAAAAAUAUUUUUUGGCAUUUUGUGUUGCUCCAAAAAACAUUUCCUUUUCCUUCUUUCUCUUUUUUUCCUUUUUCUGGUCCAAAAAAGCUUAAUCUUUGUAAAUAUUUUUUUGGGUG